AUGUCUCUUCCAAUACAUACCACAUCAACCUCCUUGUCCUCUUCGCCCUCCAAGCAAUCCAUCCGGCGGACCACAGAGUCAAACGUCCCUUCUCGCCCGGAAAGCACCAUUGAUCGACCCACCACAGCCCAACAGACUCACACUUUGCCUCAAGAACCACAAGUUUAUGAGCCAGUCGCAAACUUGGCAUCCCCUCAUUCAGAAAAUGAGAGGCCGCAUGAGAUAUCCGCUUCACAUCCGCCAUUCCAACCGUUCUUCACGCUGAUUGAAGACGCAAGUACCUCCGAAUACUACCACCCAACUGUCCACUAUAUCUUCUCCGAUGAUGAUACGGACAUUGUGACCGAGGCAGCCUUGCGCUCCUUGGAGCCCGAGCAAAAUACGCUGCCUCACGGCGGAAAGGGAACCUCCAGGGCCACACGUGACCAGCUCCCACAGGAACAGGGUGAAGGAGCAGAGGAGGAGGAUGAACUGUCGAAUGAGAGAAAGGAAUCAUUGCUUCCGCCUGCGACACCUGGUGUUCGGGACAACUACAUCAUUCUCGACAUGGACAUGCUUACUCCAGAUGCUAUGCAACACAUGAAUACCGCCCCCGAACAGGACGUCAGUGUCGGCUCCCCAGGGACCCAAUCCGCUGUCCCCCAACAACAGCAAGACUUCCAGAACCAUCACCAACAUAGUCAAAAAUUCGCGGUCACUUCAGCCUACAGCUUAACACCGACAUGGCAAGUUCUAAAUACCCAGCUGGUACCCGCCCCGACUUUUGAGAACAAUCCUUCCGGCGAACACGCCCCAAACGGUGCCCUGAUGUUAAAAAUUCAAGGGACGGUCGGCUUACCUAUGAUGCUGCCUGUUAAGGAUAAAGAUAAAGACAAUAGCACUCAGCGAUUGGAGGAUAUGAUGGAACAGUUCUCGAAACGUUUAGGCGAGCUCCGGCAAGUCAUUGAAGCUGGAGAACAAGCGUACGUGCUAGGAAAUGCGGAUGAAGAACACAUGCCAACCGAGCCGCCAAACGCAGAGGAUACUGCUGUGGCAAGCCCCGAGGGCCAACAUGAAACUGAAACGCAGAACGAGGAUGAUAUGGUCAGCAAAAGCCCACAGCCUUAA